AUGGAAAAGGACUUACUGGAGCUGCACACUCUGAUCGACGCCCACUUUGAGCAGAGGAAGAAGGACGAGGAGGAGCUCAUCGGCCUCAAAGACAGGAUAGAGCGUCGUCGGUCAGAGAGAGCUGAGAUUCAGAGGGUCAGAGCAGAGAAGGAGAAGGACCGACAGAACAGGAUCGCGGAGGAACGUCACAGAAAAGAGGAAGAAGAGGCGAAGAGGAAGGCUGAUGACGAUGCCAAGAAGAAGAAAGUGUUAACAGGCAUCGGGGCAAACUUUGGAGGCUUCCUGGCCAAGGCUGAGACCAGGAAGGGCAAACGUCUGACGGGCAAAGAGAUCAAGAAGAAGACCCUGGCCGGCAGACGACAGCCUCUGGCCAUCGACGACCUGAGGGAGGACGCCCUGAAGCAACGAGCUCAGGAGAUGUGGAACUGGAUCUACCAGCUGGAGUCGGAGAAGUUCGACUUCAUGGAGUACAUGAAGCACCAGAAAUAUGAGAUCAUCGUUCUCCUGAACAGGAUCCAACACGCUCAGAAAUUUAAAAAGGUUCACGGCAAAGGGAAGGUUGGCGGUCGCUGGAAGUAA